GGCUGACUCUCCUCGCUGCUGCGGCUAGGGGCACCAAGCUCUACUUCAAACAUCGCCAAAAUCGCAAGACUCGCCCUGAGGUGCAGCAACUAAAGAAUGCGCGCCACCUGCUACUAUGCGCGGCUCGACGUAGUCGCUUGGGCGCCGAGAAGCUGAGUCACUACGACGUCGAGCUGAGGUUAGGCCCACAACAACACGGAGAAAUGCAUGAAUGUGCUGUUUGCCUCAACCCACUUUUCCCAACGGAAAGGGACGGCGUCGCCUGUGGAAAUGCUCUAGAAGGCCCCGGCGCAUCGCCGCCCCUGGGGAGUUCAGAAUCACAGGUGGCAGCAGGGUGUAAGCGAUUGAGGAGUCAAGUCGCAAGUCCAAGUCCAACCAGCCAAACCUAUCUACGUAGGCAGCAUGCGACGAGAGACGAGGAGAAGGGCAUACGAGUGCCGUCGCCCGAAAGCGACGAAGCCACCUGCACCAAACAAACCGCACAAGCCGCACAAGCCGCACAAGCCGCACCCCAAUCGCCUGACUCGCCUAUCUCCGAGGCCAAGACCACUGUCAUGGGCUCAACACUGACGGCACAUGACGUAUUGGAGUCGGUCGUGGGAAAAAACAAUGAUGAUUCCAAUGCUCGCCCGUCGCCUGAGGCUCGGCCUCAGUUGCCCCGACAGACUUGGCUCUCCGAGAAGCUCGGAUCUGCCGAAGACGCAGCUUGUGAACUCCAGGUCCCGCCGCGUUGUCAUACUACGGCGAGUAGGCCCCGUCAAGCCGGUGGAGUAGUAGAUGGCGAAGAAGGAAAUGGCACCCGAUAUAGCGGACAUGGACAUGUUGCCGACGACUCGAGUCCUGCUCCCAUCCCGCAUGCGGAUCCGCGUCCUGUCCUAUACGAGGCUGAAGAUACAAAGCAGGACAAGAAAGUCCCUUCAGAUCACCAUCGCAGCGACGCGGUGGUCCAUCGAGACAGUGCCGGCAGCGGAGCAGACCCGGCUCCCCGCUCUUCAUCUUCUUCGUCGUCGUCCUCGUCUUCUUCUGACUUGGUGAGCUUCGCAGCCAGCGUAGACCUCGACCCCGUCGCGGACCUGGCCAGCGAAGUCUUGAUUCUCUGCGACUGCAGCCACGCGUUCCACACGCAGUGCCUGGCUACCUGGUUCCACAUGGGCCACUUUAGCUGUCCCAUCUGCCGCGCGCUGUUCUGGAACCGAGCGCUGCAGUUCGAGCUGGGUUUUGUAAGCGAUACAACCAGCCGCCGGGUACGAUAUGAUGAGGUGCUGGCCAGGUUGUUAUCGGGUAAUUGGCGAGCAUGACAUGAUUACCUAGCUGUUACAUAUUAUGGCAUGAUCCCAAGCAGGAAACGAUUUUUUUUUCUUUCAAAAAUCACCCGAACAGAAUGGCCAAGGGCCAGCCCCGAGGAAGACAGGGCACAUCGUCAUAAUAUCUUGAGAGAGACUGGAAAGGACCAGA